AUGUUAUCAGCCAAAAAUCUUAUUCUAGCCGCAUCUGCUCUAGCUUGUGUAAAUGCAACAAUCGUUCGAUAUAGUAUGGAUCAAGGCGCAGUCUGCGAUUCACAGGCAUACACAGGGUCGAUGAUACUGGAAGUCUUUAGUAGAUAUUGUAAAUAUGAAGGCAAUAGAUGGAUACUUAGCGGAAAUAGCUUAAUCGAAAGAUACAUGGCUGAAGAUCAAACCAUGCUCGUCUACUUGCCUCUACCAAUGAUAGGCAGUGGCGGCAAUAUGGACUAUCGGCAAGUCACAGAUCGAUUUAUAGUAGUUGAUAGUGGUUGUAAUUAUUACCAUGUGACGAGACUGAGUAAAAUGGUGGGAGGAGGACAAAAUGAACUGGGGAAUUUGGUCUACAUCUGCUAUCCACCUAUGAAUUAA